UUCGUUGGCCUUCUUUGUAAUCUGAUUCUUAUCCAUUUCUCUCUAUUGAUCUCUCUCUUUGUUUUCUGGUUUUCUGUGUCUCGGCCAUGGCCGAGCUGGCCCAGGCCGAAGUGUAUUCGCCUUCGCCUAAGCCUUUACAAGUAUGGAGAACAGUGUUAAGCUGGUUGGUGUUUUUCUUCCAAAUCUUCCUUCAGAUCUUGAGGGGAACACCUUCUAUGGCUCAGGUUCUUUCUUAUGUCGGACUUCGACACCCUUUGCUUACUUCCUCUUCUUCUUCUCCCUCUUUUAAGCCCUUGCCUGUUGUCGAACUCCCUCUUCGAGACUCGCCUUCCACGGAUUCACAGGUAUGCUGCGAUGAGGAUCUCGUUGUUGAUGAACGGAUCGAGAAGCUUACGGUGGUUCUUGACUUGGACGAGACACUAGUAUGUGCAUAUGAGACAUCUAGCUUGCCUGCCAUUGUUCGUAAUCAAGCUACAGAAGCUGGGUUGAAGUGGUUUGAGUUGGAAUGUAUAUCCUCAGAGAAGGACUGUGAUGGAAAACCCAAGGUCAAUCAUGUCACGGUGUUUGAACGUCCUGGUCUGCAUGAAUUUCUGAAACAGAUUAGUAAUUUCGCAGACCUUGUGCUAUUCACUGCUGGACUUGAAGGUUAUGCCAGACCUCUUGUUGAUAGAAUAGAUGUUGAAAAGCGAAUUAGCCAUCGACUUUAUCGGCCUUCAACAAUUAGCACGAAAUACCGGGAACACGUGAAGGAUCUGUCUGGUAUAUCGAAGGAUCUCUGCCGAAUUGUUAUUGUUGACAACAACCCAUUCAGUUUCAUAUUGCAGCCAGUGAAUGGAAUACCAUGUGUCCCGUUUUCUGCUGGGCAGCCUUGCGAUGACCAGCUUUUGGAGGUGCUUCUGCCACUCCUUAAGCGACUAUCUUUGCAGAAGGAUGUAAGGCCUGUACUCUAUGAAAGGUUUCACAUGCCUGAAUGGUUUCAGAAGCAUGGGAUCCCUAUUUCUGAGCUAUAGGUACAGAUGAUACAUUGGAAAGCUUUGGUCCUCAAUAAUCAAAUGUCUGCAUGGAAGCACAUCCCUGAAUCUGCAAUUCAAGUACAAUUGACAAAAUUCCCGGAUUUGCUAAAUUUGUUUGCAAGUCUGCAUGUAGGAUUAAUUUCUAACCAUGAAUGUAGAAUGGUUAUGGCUCCAACUGCUCAUGUGAUAUGUUUCUGUAAUUACAUGUUGUGGGUUUUUGGAUAGUUGUACUUUGUCAAAUAUUAUUGUUGUUAAGUGUUUAAAGAAUAGGAAGGCUAGGCAUUCAUUGUAA